AUUCCCCCGCCUCGGCAUUUACGGCUUUUGAUUUCAAAUUUAACUGGGAUAUUGGGUUAUCAGUGGCAACGGUGUGCGCAUAUGAAAAUAGCACACACUUACUUCCCAGUCCCCAUUACCUUCCUGUCCAGAAUUGUUUUUUUAAUUUUGUGUCCUAUCUUUAGCCGAUCUUGAUUUCAAUCUCGAUCUCACGUCCGCACAUAUAUGUUGUAUAUAUGUAUAUAGAGAGGUAUAAAAGAGAGAAAGACCAGGCAGAAACGCAGUGGAAAGCCAGGAGUUUCUUUGACCCCAUCGAUUGAUGAUGGCCAAUGACAGUUGGCAUCUGUCGGUGUUGGCAAAAGUGAACGCUAGCUUGAUAUCUUUGGCAUCUUCUCCCUUUCUCUGACCCAGACCCGGAUUUUGUUUGGGUUUAUCUGCGGAUGUCAGUUGAGUGGGUCAUUGCAGUUGGUUCCAAGUGGGUCGCCGUGGCACCCACAAGAUCACCAGAACACGAUUUCGUCAAGUCAAGAUGCGGGAAUGCGAUUUAUUCAGCCAAGCUAAGCCAAAUCGGCCCACCACCAGUCAUUUUGGCCAAUCUUUGAGGCACAAUCUAGAUCCACAGCGGCUUUCUUGUGCAGCUCAAGCAAUUACCAACGAUGGAGUGCCGCACAUUUCUUUCUAACUAGUUGUGGAACGACUGGUGCUGGUGCUGCUGCACUUUCACUACGAAAUUGCACCAAAAUCUAAGCCGCAUUGCAAUGGAUUUUGAGAACAUUUUGGUCAUGGCAACUGGAAAUGCCUGGCCAUCAGCAAAAGUAGCAGCGGAUGCAGAAAACUCUGGGCACAAGACGAUUCCAGCACAAGACGACUCCACAUCCCCAACAUUCAACUCCAACAUCAGGGGCAACGACAGCAAAACACAUUUGACGUACUAUCUGCGAUGUACUUGAUCUUUGUCGAAAACUUGACACACUUUUUUCGGUCAACGGCUGGCGGCGGCAAAUGGCAACGACUUCCAGCUUGGCUGCGGAAAAUUCGAGGGAAAUCGCUAGAUACACACAGAGAAAUAUUUAUGCAAUAUCACAUUUCAUAUUUCGAUUUUCAGCUUUAGUUCUAUUACAAUUUAAAAGCAAAACUAAAGUUCUUCUUCUUCAAUAACGAAGAGAUAACUAAAAGAAUGAAGAAUCAAAACAAAGGCACAAUUUGCAUUUCUAACCGUAAAUACUCAUUUUCCCGUUUGCUACUUGGGAAUAUCGCUCAAGCGUUGCCAUUUGUCAUUCAUAAAUAGUUGUACUAUUUAGUGAAGUGCAAGCAAUGUUUAAGCUUAUAAAGUUUUAAAAAUUCUUAAAAAUAGAUCUAAUAAUACAUAAAAUGUGAUCGCUGAACUGUGUUUUGAGUAUUCUUCAAUAUAUAUUGUUUUAAUGGUGAAUAUUGCAUGUUUUUAUGCAAAAAUACAACUGGCGCUCCGCUGGGCACGUGCAAUUGAAUAUAUGAGCGUCUACAUAUAGCUUUUUUAUACUGAUUUAGCUAUCAAUAGGUAUUAAAAGUAUAUAACACAAAGCGUAAAAUGUGGUCGAAGUUUAUGUGCGAAAAUGCAAAGGGUGCUCCGUUAAACAAGUGGAAAUGUAUGUGUGCGCGUCAGCUUACACAUAUGUAUGUACGCAUGUAAAUUGGAAGGGAUAUUUUUACAUACAAACAGGUGGGACAUUUUCGAAGAGGAAAUUUAAUGGGACUUUGAAGAACAACAAAUCCCUAUAAGAAGGAGGAAUAAAUUGGGAAAUUCAGACUCGGAUACCCAAACCCAGACCGAAACUCAAACCCAAACCCAAAACCAAAACCGAAUGAAAGCCUGGCGGCAGCAUAUUGAUACUGACGAUGUGUUACCAUUGUCUGGACGGCCUUCGGCGGUCGCUCUUCCUCCGUUCCCGUUGCUGACGUAGACACACGUUGACAGCUCGCCGUUGCCCUGUUUGCAUUUCUGUCCGAGAGACUCGUUUCAAAUUCUAAAGAAAUUCCAGUAAUCGCAGAGCUCUGCUGGUGACUGGACGUCGGGACGUCCGUGUAUUGAAGAAGAAGAACAAGAAGAAGAAGAAUAAAAAGAAGAAGAAGAAGAAGAACACCUCUAACAACAGGAGAAGACCAAGGAGACAGCAAACGGGCAACCGGGCAACGGGCAACGGGCAAAGACAGCGACUGGUUAAAGAUUAAAAAGUGAGAGCAAACGGAAAUCGAAAGUGAUGUCGGCGGAGUCGUCCAUCGUUGAUGCUGUUGAGUACACCGGUUGGAUGCCCUCGGUGCAGACUUUCAUUGGUCUGCUAAUACCGGGCAUACUCGUCCUGGUGAUCCUCUAUCUUUGCGAGCAUCAGUAUGAUAAUGUAUUGGGUGUCUCACCGCCGGGACCUUGGGGUGUGCCCUUCCUUGGCUAUUUGCCAUUUUUGAGUUCACGUGCUCCGCACAAAUCUCUACAGGCUCUGGCCAAGCGAUAUGGUAACAUCUUUGAGCUGAAAAUGGGCAGUGUAAGGACAGUGGUACUGUCGGAUACCAAGGUGGUCAGAGAUUACUUUCGUCGCGAUGUGCUGACAGAAAGGGCUCCCCUAUAUCUUACUCAUGGUAUCAUGGGUGGUUUUGGAAUCAUCUGCGCCCAGAUUGACAUCUGGCGAUAUACACGACGUCAGACUAUAGAAUGGCUCAAGGACUUGGGCAUGACCCGGCGACCGGGUAAACUGCGUUCCAAGCUGGAGCAGCGCAUCGGCCGGGGAGUCAACGAGUGCGUGCGGCUUUUCGAGGAUGAGGCUAAAAAGAGCUCCGGAUCAGAAGUUAAUCCCCUACCAGCUCUCCAUCACACUCUGGGCAAUAUAAUCAACGAUUUGGUCUUUGGGGUUACUUACAAGCGAGAUGAUCCCGACUGGCUGUACCUGCAGAAGUUGCAGGAAGAGGGCGUCAAGCUAAUUGGUGUCUCUGGGGUAGUGAACUUUCUGCCCUGGCUGCGUCAUCUGCCUAGCAAUAAGCGCAACAUCCGUUUCCUAAUGGAGGGCAAGGCCAAGACUCAUGCCAUUUAUGACCGCAUCACCAGGGAAUGUGAAAAGGGGCUGAGGGAGCAGGAAAGGCUAUUUCUGGAACGUCAAAAGGUGAGAGAGGAGAAAAAACGGCAGGAACUGGAGAAGCUGAAGGAGGCAGAAGAAGAGGUGAAUGCGAAUAAGGAAAAUGUCCAGCAGGAGGAAGAGUCUGGACAGAAAAAGGAGGAGGAGACUCCUCAGAGGAGAGGCGAGGAGGAAAUUGAAGAAAAUUACGAACCGCGUUGCAUUCUGGAGCACUUCCUUAUAAGCCGGGAUCCGGAUUCACAGCUCUACUGUGAUGACCAACUGCGUCAUCUGCUUGCCGAUCUCUUUGGUGCCGGAGUGGACACCUCAUUGGCUACCCUGAGAUGGUUCCUGCUCUACUUGGCACGCGAACAAAGCUGCCAGCGUCGUCUACAUGAACUUCUCCUGCCACUGCGUCCUGCACCCAGUUUGGAGGAACUGGAACCACUGGCCUAUCUACGGGCUUGUAUUUCCGAGACAAUGCGUAUUCGCAGCGUAGUCCCGCUGGGAAUUCCUCAUGGAUGCAGGGAGAACAUCACCAUUGGUGAUUAUCACAUCAAGGAAGGUUCCAUGAUUGUUUCUCUACAGUGGGCUAUCCACAUGGAUCCAGAGGCCUUCCCGGAACCCGAGGAGUUCCGCCCGGAACGUUUCUUGGCUCCCGAUGGUUCGUACUCGGCACCGCCUCAGUUCUUCCCCUUCUCAUCGGGCAUGCGGAUGUGCCCGGGCGAUGAGAUGGCUCGCAUGAUACUCACCCUGUUUGCGGGGCGUAUCUUGAGGCGUUUCCACCUGGAGGUGCCAGAGGACUGUGAUGUGGACAUGGAGGGUGAGAGCGGCAUUACCCUGACUCCGGGUUAUCAUAAGUUGCGAUUUACUAAGCUGUCGGUGGUGGAGCAGCGCAGGGAACCGAAGGGUUCGGUGGUGCAGGAGUAGUUUGAUUUAUUUUCACUUCUUAACAACAUUUUUUUUUCUAUUUUUAUUAUAUUUUAUCUUAAACUUUUAUAUUAUUAAUAUUAUUUUUAUAACCCUUUGUGAGUGGUAACCUAUUUAAAGGUUUUUUUGGUGUUCUAAAUUUGAGUUUGGGGAAUGUUUUCUUUAGAGAAACUUUCUUUUAUUAAUAAAUAAAUUUGUUUUUA